GAUCGCCAUCAGUCGGCUGCAAGACUCGAACUAGAUCAGAAGUGUUUCCUCUUUCGACCGCUGGCAAGUUACCGGUGAUAAGUGUUUUAAAGUAAGUUCACAAUUUGUUGCUCCGGUAUGGUGCGCCUCGUGUUCGUGAGCAUAGUGGCGUUCGCUGCCCUUGCCACGGUCAGCGGCCAACGACAGGUCGAGGAAGUUCUGAAGUGGCAAAAAGUAGAGUUCGACGUCCCAGAAAGCGUUCUCUCCGCGCCAGAUGGCUACAUUCCGAUCAACAACGUCCCGAUGAGUGGCGUCCACUAUAAGAAUCGUGUUUUCGUUACGGUUCCACGCCGACGCUGGGGUAUUCCGUCGACGUUGAACGUCGUUGAGUUAGACGGCCCGUUGCCUAUCGCUAAUCCGGUUCUGAAACCGUACCCUAGCUUCGAGCUUAAUGAACUGCGGGCUGAUCUGCAACCCGAUGCGAACCGAUUGGUUACCGUCUAUCGUCCUCGUGUUGAUCGGUGCGAUCGACUCUGGUUCGUCGAUACCGGCAUGAUGGAAAUUCCCGGAAACUUCACCGUCGUUCAGCGACCAUCAGUUUGGUCCAUCGAUUUAAAGACCAACCAACCGCUCAGCCGCUAUGAAAUUCCCCAAAAAGACGUAGAUACUGGCUAUGGUCUCACCUCCAUCACCCUGGACGUCGAUCCGGACGAUUGCUCGAAGGUCUUCGUCUACAUUUCCGAUCUGCAGACCUACCGUAUGGUGGUGUACGACCACGUGAACCAAAAAUCGUGGCGCUUCCUCCAUAACUAUUUCUUCCUUAACCCGCUGGAGGGUGACUACAACAUCCAGGGCAUCCCGUUCGCGUGGGAUGAUGGUCUUUUCUCGAUCGCACUGAGCAACCCGGAUCCGGUGACCAAGUUCCGCACGGCCUACUUCCACGCCCUGUCCAGUAAUUCCGAGUUUACCGUGUCGACCGCUGUGCUGCGCAAUGAGACGGCUUCCAAGCGAAGCUACCAUGGCAAUGACUUCCAACUGCUGGGCUAUCGUGGGGCACAUUCCCAAUCUAGCAUUCACGGUUUCCACCCAGAAACGGGCGUCAUCUUUUUCGCCCUAAUCCAACUGAACGCCGUCAGCUGUUGGGAUACCAGGAAGCCAUUUGCCCCGCAAAAUAUGGCCAUCGUUUAUAAGAACGAUCAGGAUAUUGUCUACCCGAAUGAUCUAGCGGUCGAUCAAGAUGGGUACGUGUGGUUUAUGUCCAACUCGAUCAUCAAACUGCUGUACACCCAGCUGAGUCUGGAGGAGUUCAACUUCCACAUCUGGCGCGCUAACAUUAAGGAAGUCAUCAAGGGUACCGUUUGUGACCCGUCCGUUCCGCCUAAUGUAGACCAUGGAAUGCGUUUCGGUGGAGAACAGAAUGCUGACCGAGUUACGUUCGUGGAGUACAAGGACAAAUACGGACCAGGUGGUGGCCCAUACGGUGGAUGGGGAUCUGAAGACAAGAGGAAGCCCCCAGGACGUAGACCAUGAGAUGAUGAACGAAGUGGGUGUGAUUUGGAUGACUAGACGAGAAAUUGACAUGAUUGAUAAUACCGAAAAUAAAUACUCACACAUAAAAUGAA